AUGAAAGUGGCGCCGGUGUACCGAAAGGUACUGAAGCAGCUGCACAAGGCGUGCCACACCCGUCCACACUAUGUUCAAGACAUUCGGUUUCUUCUUUCUUUACCUCUUCACACAACAGGCAGUGAACGGAGCACAGCGGUGCCAGGCACAACGUCCUCCUCAGGAACGGUGAAUCCAGCAGCGACUCCGGGCACGACCCCGGCUGAUGUGUCGAAAUUGCCAAAGUCGUCUUUGGGCAAGAAGACGACUCGCGAUCCCGUCGCGGAGCACCUCCUGCGGCCGAGUUCCGAAUGCUACCCUAUUGACACAACCACGCUCUUCGCGAUGUGCUAUACCGACCUACACAACGCGGUGCGCGAAUCAGCGCCGGUGGUAGCCGGCAUGAACCCGGUAGCCAUGCAGAUUGUGCGGUAUCGCAACCUUCUGUGGCUUCAGGAACGGCUCGGGCGCGUCUUUAGCAGCAAGACUCAGCAACUGCUGGCCACCUCACUGAGCAUCUCCAGGGGGCCAGCCGAACAUGACUUCAUUCCAGACGAAUACUUUGAGAACAAGUCACAGAACACCGGGAGCGCCACCCCUUCGGCGACGAGGGCUUUUCAGCAGGCAGGGGCAGCAGUCACGGCCGCAACGUCGACACGGUCUUCUUCGGGUAAGGCAUCCAAGGAGGCUACGGAAUCUUUCGCACUCGCUACCGCUGGCGGCGGCUUGGCAGAGGUGGUGGAAGAGAGCGACCCUGACAUCGUCUACUCGGCCGGCGCCAUUGGCCAGCAGCAAGAAAUGUUUGUCCUUCGCCACCGUGAGUCAUUCCCCAUGGCGGAGCAGUUUUUGGCUGGGUUUCCUACCGUCACAGCGGCCGAACUGGCUACGUGCGCGUAUCAGCGAGCGGCACUGACGGAGCUGGUGCGGCAGAAGUUCCCGACAAGGCUGACGUGUCAGGACGCGAAUGUGAGUCUCUCCGUGUCUUUAGAGCCCUACGAUGUGCAGUACACAAGCAAGGAGCACGCUGGUAUGGGAUACUUCGCAGCUGCGCACCGACAGUUUCGCGUCCGGUUCUCGCUUGUACCUCUGUCACCAGAGGGGACAGGAGCGGAGCGAACCGAGGUGCUCGUUGUGAACUCGUACUUUGUGCGACUGGACAUGGAGCUGAUGCAGCUGGUCGAGGAGGUGGGCUAUCUUCACAGCAGCGACGUCCUUCGCAUGCUGCGCGAGCGCGAUUACGGCGAUCAUUUUAGCGAACUCGUCGGCAGCGGAGUUGCCGAGGUGCUCGGUGAGGGAGUCUUUGCGGGGCCAAACGAAGGAAAAGGUGCGGCUGCAGCGACGUCGGCCGACAAGCGCACCGGCAUCGAGUCCUCGGCGACCUCCCCCGCGCCGGCGAACGUCGCCGAGGGCUCUCGAGUGUUCUCGCUCUACUUUGUGAAUCACAGCGAUGCACCCAUGGUACUGAAGGGCUUGCUGUACUACAAGCUGGGCAAGCGUCGCCACUUGGCCCACGAGCCCAUCCAGUGCAUUCCGUUUGGUUUUCUCCUGAUGGAGGCGUAA